CGUUCCUGCCCCGCCCGCCAUGGCGGCGCACAGGCGCUCCCGCUCCCUGCGGGACCGCGGGUUUUCGCCCGUGGCGGACGCCAGCCCCAGCCCCAGCCCCAGCCCAAGCCCCUGCAGAGCGGGCGAGCCCGAGCUCGACUCCGAUUCCGAGCUGGAGUGCAGCUGGUGGCUCUACGUGGAGAGCGAUGAGGAGCAGAGCGGCAGCGCGCCCUGGCCCUCGGAGCCCGGGGAGCCCUCGGCGGUGGCCGUGCUGCUGGAGCGCUGCGCGGCGACGGGCGUGGUGAGCCAGGAGAGCUUGGAUUUAACUUGCAGAAGAACGCCAUGCUUUGUGAAAUUCUCAGAGAUGGAAGAAAUGGUAAACAUGGAAGCUGAAAUCAACGAGAUAAAACUGAAAACUGAAAUGAUGCAGUUGGAGAAUGAGACAGCAGACAUUACUCACCAUUCUUACUUAGGGAAAAAGUGUGAGAUUUUGCAAGAUAUGAACAGGCACCUGGAAGCCAUACUGAAAGAGAAGAGGGAUCUCAGAAAGAGGUUGAUCAAACACGGAUGUCAAGAAAGCCUGCCUAUUGAGGCUACUUUUCACAAGUGUAUAGUAGAGUUGUUGACUGAGGCUGUGACUUUCAUCGAGAAGCUCGAAAGCCAUUUACAGUCUGUGAGAAGCAUCCCUCAGAUUCCUCAUAUGAUGAACAAUAUGGACACCACUUUGUCAAAAACAGAGAUGCUCAUGAUAGAAUUGGAGGAGCUGACAGAGCAAAUACUGAAAUGGAAAGAGCUGCAAAAGGAAGUAUAUUCUAACUAUGUGUGCAAUACUACUGACUUGGACUUUGGCUUAUCUUUAACAAAGAAUUUUCCUCAACAAGGAUGACUACUCAAAGAACUACUUUCUUAGGGUUGUCUGGGAAAACUGCAACAUAGGUAUCUUUUAAUCCAACAGAGACCUUGUAGGUAGUUAUAUUUCUGUUGUUAUUCCAACUAUUUGCUAAAAAAAAGAACAAUGAGCAGUAGCUCAUAGAAAGGGUACAGAGAAGCCUGUUAAGGAGUUCAUUUUUUAAAUAGUUGGAUAGGAGUCCCUUGGAGUCUGUAUCUUCAAUGGAAAUUUGUUUUGAUAAUUUUUUGCACUUGCUAUAGUAUCUUUAUUCAUUUUUAUAAGCAUCUUGAUAAAACACUGUAUUUUGUAUGUUGCCAUAAAACUUUAAUAAAAGCACUAGAUUUCAAAA